AUGUUCAAUAGGGCCAUUGAUAGUGAUAUGUGGCCUGAUGACGUAAAUAGUCGUGAGUGGAUUGCCAGACCUCGGCGACAGAAGCAGAGACCUGAUGGUGGCUACUGGGCAGGGGACCAAGAGGAUAGGAUCCCCCCACGUUUCAGAGGUCGUUCCACCUACGGUUCUAGCAGUAACGUAAAUCGACAUAGAUUUGAUGAAAAUCGCAAUCGUGAUGUAAAGCGGGACCACGAAGAUGAUGACAAUGAUGAUUUCGACAAAAGACGACAUUUCGAUGAUGACUACGUGUAUGAUGAGAGAAAAAACAAUGAUGAUCGCGAUGAUAGACAAUACUAUGAUGAAAAUGACUAUGAUGAAAGGUUUAUCAAUUAUAACCAGAACAACGGCAACGCCAAAGCGUAG